CCUAGUUCAACUCAUCUCCUCAAUCUAAUAUCUCUCUUCAGAAAAAGACCGUCGUCAAAAAUACACGAAAGGAUGAAAUUGAUCCUCUUCAAAAGGCCAUGCGAUUACUCAAAGAUGAACAAGGAAGAUCCAGAGGAGGUACUUCACCGGCGAGCCAAGUUCUUGAUCUACAAAAAGCUUCAAGAAGCCGACUUGAUUUCUCGUCGUUCUCCUCCCACGUCGUUGUUGUUUCUACGUAUGAAGCUUUUCCGGUUGAAAGCAAUGAUCGGAAAAGAGUUGAGUAAUCUACAUCGCAUCAUCGUAUCCACCAUUAGAUUUGGCGGAAUCCGAAAGCACUCACUAGGCGGUGUAAAAGUGUUUAAGAAGAUGUUCCACGGUGGUGCAACAACCGGAUUAUCUAGGCCGCCUAUUUUCACUCUCGAAGUUUGA